AAGCGAUCGGUGGAGCGAAAUAUCAAACAACUGCCAGUAGGACUUUUCACUUAGGCUUGUCUGUGAAGAGGAAAGAUACAUUUCCCCGCCCCUUUCUCUUCUGAUAUCUGAUGGAAAAUUCAUCGUCUUCACCUGAAGUCAUUAAUUUUUUUUAAAUGGUUGUGUUAUACUGAAGGAAUCGGAACUCACCUUAAUGAGUUGCUUGCUGAGCAUCUGAGCUCAGUUUGUCAGUGGCAGAAAUCCUGAAACCAUGGGUCACCCACAUAUGCUUUGAGAUGCGUUAGAUGCUUUUUUUUUUCCUGGAAGCCCUGCAACAACUCUAAACUUUGAAUAUAUUGUAGAACAGAUCUAUGGUGAAGCGACUUCCAGUCAUUUGGAAAGGAUGGGAUGAAAAGGAACCUUGGUGAUAAUUUUGAUGUCUGCAAGAUUUAGUACCAGUGUAAUGGGAUUAUCGGUAACACCUUCACUGCAGAAAAAGCCACCUGGCGCUAUAACUGGCAGCAACUGAGAACUAAUCCUUUCCCAUCUCUUGGAUGUCAUUCAUGAAGCUGAAAGCGAUUUCUAUCCUGCUAACUGUGAUUAAUUUUAUAAACAACAACAAAAAAUCAGGCCAAUGGUGACAGAGUCUACAUAGAACUAUGCUUCGUGGUGUUCUGGGGAAAACCUUUCGACUUGUUGGCUAUACUAUUCAGUAUGGCUGUAUAGCACAUUGUGCUUUUGAAUAUGUUGGUGGUGUUGUCAUGUGUUCUGGACCAUCAAUGGAGCCUACGAUUCAAAAUGCAGAUAUUGUCUUUGCAGAAAAUCUUAGUCGACAUUUUUAUGGUAUCCAAAGAGGUGACAUUGUGAUUGCAAAAAGUCCAAGUGAUCCAAAAUCAAAUAUUUGUAAAAGAGUAAUUGGUUUGGAAGGAGACAAAAUGCUCACCAGUAGUUCAUCAAGUUUCUUUAAAAGCCAUAGUUAUGUGCCAAUGGGCCAUGUUUGGUUAGAAGGUGAUAAUUUACAGAAUUCUACAGAUUCCAGGUCCUAUGGACCUAUUCCAUAUGGACUAAUAAGAGGACGGAUCUUCUUUAAGAUUUGGCCUCUGAGUGAUUUUGGAUUUCUACGUGAUAGCCCUAAUGGCCACAGAUUUUCUGAUGAUUAGCCAACAUUUAUUCUUUUGAUUUGAUUAUUGCCUCCUGUUUAAGUAAAGUUAUUAUUGCCACUGAAACCAUGUACUUACUAAUAAACUAUUUGCUAUUCA